AUGUCAGACCCUGUCCAGUUUUUAAACCACUCAGAUCCAGGAAGGCUCACAGUUACUGGCCAAAGCAAAGGGCCCCAUGAGGCUAAGCCAUCAGAAGUCACGCAUCUAUCAGCUCACACAUCUCAGAGAAAUAGCCCUGUGGCUGGUUUUGACCCACCUCUUGAAGUGGUUCCUGCCAAGAACCCAAUCAGGUGCAACAAAAGGGCAGCUGACCCAGUCCAUCCUGACCUUGCUGGUUUGCUGGUGAAAAACAAGAAUCUUUUAGCUGAGCUAAGAAAUGUUCAAAACAAACUUCUCAUAAAAGAAACUUCAUUGCAAGAGAUGAGAUCUGAGCUAGAAAGUUACAAAGAAAAUAAUGUGCAACAGUUGUUCCAGAUAAUGUCCCUGAAAGAUGAUAUCAAGGACCUAGAGGAACUUAUUGCUUCUCUAACCAGAAUUAAGUCUUUGAAAAACACCGAUAUUCAGAGUCUUGAAAGAGGCAACUGGGAUUUAACUGAACAAAUUAUAGAACUAGAAAAUCGUCUAAGGGUACAUCUGGUUGAAAGGGAAAAGGCAGAGCGUAAGGCAGAUUUUUUGGAAAAAAAGUUAAGUGCCAACAGAUGCACCCGUUAUAUGAAUAUGAAAGGACAAGAAGAUUCCAUGGAUAUUUUCAUGACGACGGAUAAUGAUGAAGCUAUCCUGGCCAAGAACUUGGAGAGAGACAUUUUUCACUUCGAAGGACCAAAGAACGGACAGAAAAUUUCGGACAAAUGUCUACAAGAUUUGAUCCACAAGGAAGAACAAAUAUCUCAGUUAGACAAACCUCCAUAUUCAUUCUGCUGGGAAACUAAAAAAACGCAAUCCCAGUAUCAGAAUUUCCUUGAUCAUCUGGCUACUCUUCAGAGCAACAGUGUUGUCCCGAUAGCAGCCACUGAGGAAGCUGUGAAACAGAGGAUUCAGGAAAUUGUUGCAAACAGACAGUCCUGGAAGUCUAGAACUGAAGGUCUUCAGCAGGAAAUUCAGAUACUCAAUAAACGAAUGGAGCAGCUACAUCAUCUUUAUGAAGAAGUUAUUCAAGAAUCAUCCCAAGCUGAAGAAAAGUGUAGGGAAGAAAAAAAAUCCUUGAAAUGUCUGGAAGGAAAAAUUGCUAUCAAUGACCUUUUUCAAGCAAAAGUAGACUUGGACAGGAAGAAAGAAAACUCCAGGACCAGGAAUUCCCAGAUAGAAGAGCAUGACGAGAAGUUCAAACAGCUAGAGAAAGACGAGAAACAAAUAUUCUUGCGUAUUCAGCAGAAUGUGCAGAUUGCUACAACUCAAAGAUUGGAGAAGAAAGUUCAAAAACUUCAGAAACAGCUCAGUGAUCUGAAAUUAUCAAAUAAAAAUAUGAAAACUCAACUGACCAGAGUGAAUGUCCUUAAAAACAAAACAAUGGAAAAGCUCAGACGAUCUUUAACAGAAAUUGAAACAAUGAAAGAGAAGGCAGUUAUGAAAACGGACAACAUGAAAACACCGUUAGACUGUGGAGAGCAAGAGGCAAGAUCGGACAGAGAGCGGGUGCAUCAGAUUUUGGGUGCUGUCACUCGUAAGCUCGACACAGCAGAGAGCAAGCUUGAAGACACAUCAGGUCGAGAACAAGAGCUUGCUGACUUUCGAGAAACCAUUAUGAAGAUAUUGAGAUUUAAUAUGAAAACAGCAGACAAGGAAGUCAUCAAUCAGCUAAGGCUUAUUAUACAAGCUUAUGAAGCAUCUAACAAAAAAUCAAAGAUUGCUUCUGAUGGGGCCAAACUAGAAUGUGACUCUAGGACCAAGUCUGGGGAGCUGGCAAAUGGAGGAGAGUAUGGGUUUGAGGAGAAACGGUAG